ACACUACAAUCAUUUAUACCACCUCUAACGACACAGACACCACACUCAGACUUAUCUCACCUUAUCAAGAAAAUGGACAAACUCGUCUCCAAGCUUAGCGGUGGUAGCCACUCCAAGGACAAGGAAGGUGGCAGCUCCAACGACAAAGACUAUGUCGAUAAGGGUCUCGACUCAAUCGAGAAGAAGUUCGGCGGUGGCCGCAUCAACCCCGACGAUCCGAAGGUGCGAGAGACGAAUGAGAAAUUUACUGAUGGCGCGAGGAGCAAGUUUGAGAGUAUGACUGGGAAAAACGUCCCGUCGAAAUUGUCCAACUAGGCGAAUU